CCAAAGCAGAGAAACAGGUCUGUAGAAGAGAACGUCAACGAAAAUGAAAUCAGAUAGUCCAAACAAGAUGACCCCCAGCUCCUUGACAUUUCACCCCCGCAACUCCACUCCGUAGAAAAGAAGACACCUCCCGAAACCUAAAAAAUCCGUAAAUAGGGAGACAUCGUACCCCCAAAAAUUUGAUAUUCUCAUCCAUGCCUCCACGCCCUUCUUCCUACCAGCGAUGCAAAAGAACAGGUGGACAGAACUGGCACUGCUCAGAGAAAGCGAUACAAGGAAGAGCCUACUGCGAGAAGCAUCACUUACAGCAGCGAAUUAGAAACCAGAGAAGGAACGAGAAGAUUAGGAUAAUGAAUUCUAGGGAAUCCGACAACGAUGAUGGAUACGGAUACGUAUACGAGGACUUCGGUCCGAUUGCGGACGGACGGAAGGCGAAUGAGAAGAAGAACAAGAAGAUGAAGAUUAGGUUCGAGGGAGACGACGAUGACGAUUGGUGUGGUGAAGGACGGAGUAAGGUUGGGGUUGGGAGGAAGAGGAAGAGGAGGAUGGAGUACGACGAGGAUGCUGAGGAGGUAAGUGAGACAGAGUAUCUGAUGAAGAGGGUGGCGAGAGAUCGGUCGAAAGCGGGUUUCUCGAAGAGGAUGGACGGUGGGGAUUGGGGUUUCGGAGAGGAUGGGAUGGGGUUUGGGGAAAAUGAGAGGGAUUAUUGGGAGGAGGUGAGGGAUUCUGGCAAGGGUUUGAAGAAUUCCAACGCUGGGGGGAGAUGGAAUUCCAGAGGGGUCAAGAAGGAAUUGUUGGAUGUUACUAGCAAAAACCAGAAACAAUUAAGUUCAUCGGAGAAGAAAAACUGGAAUUUCGAUGCGAGGAUGCGGAAUUCUGGGGAGGGGUGGAGGAAUUCCAGUGAGGAGCCCAAUAACUCCAGCAAGAGAAGACGGAAGGUUGGAAAUGGAGAAGCAGAGAUUGGAUUAUCGGAAAAGGUGAAUCUAAUCAGGAGUAAAGAUUGGGAAUCUGGGGAGGGGACGGAAUAUUCUGAGGAUGGGCAGAAGAAUUCCUGUGAGGAGCAAAGGAACUCCGGCAGCAGGAGAGGAAGGAAUGAUGUAAAUGGAGGUGCAGAGAUACGAAUGUUGGAUAUUACCAGCCAGAACAAGGAAAAGAGGAGCUUAAUUUGCCACCAAUGUCGAAAGAAGAAAAAGGCUGGUGUUGUCUUUUGUUCCAAUUGCAAGAGGCGGAGUUACUGCUAUCCCUGCCUUGUCAAGUGGUAUCCUGAACAGACAAAAGAAGAAUUUGAGACUGCAUGUCCUGUCUGUUGUGGCAAUUGCAAUUGCAAAUCAUGCUUGCGUAAUGUGGUCAUGAUGGCUAGAAGGCAGGAAGCAGAUGCAAAUGUCAGACUGCAGCGGUUGCUCUACUUGCUGCGUAAAGUUCUGCCUCUCCUCAGGCAAAUUCACACUGAGCAGAACUUAGAGAUAGCCAUGGAAGCCAAGAUUCAAGGAAUACAACCGAUAGAAGUGAAUGUAACAAGGUCUAAACUCGGCAAGGAUGAGCGUCGAUACUGCGACAAUUGCAAUACAUCCAUUGUCAAUUUUCACAGAAGCUGCCCCAAUUGUUCUUAUGAUCUCUGCCUCACAUGUUGCCGGGAACUACGGGAAGGUCAGCAACCUGGAGGUAAUGAAGUCAAAUCUGCUCGCAGGCAGUUUAUAGACAGAAUUCAUGGUCAGAUUGUGGAUGUGAAUGUUGAAACUAAUGCAUCGAGGAAAAGAUUUGGUUGGGAGAGCCAAGCGACACUGACAACAGAUGAUUGUGUUGCUAACGCAUCCACCUUUCAUGAUUGGAGAGCAAACGGUGACAGCAGCAUUCUAUGCCCCCCAAAUGAGCGUGGUGGUUGUGGCAUUGAGUUACUUAAGUUGCAGCGCAACUUCAAAGCUAAUUGGGUAGCCAAGCUGCUUAAGAAUGCCGAGGACCUUACCAGCAGUUAUGAUUUCUCUGAUGAUGAUUUUUCUACGGGUUGCUCUUUGUGCAGUCCUAAUGGUUCUGCUGAAAAUGACAGAAAUAAUUCUGGAGUGCGGCAGGCAGCUUUUAGGGAGAACAGUAAUGAUAACUUUCUGUACUGCCCAAAUGCUUUUGACUUGGGAGACGAUGAAAUUGAACACUUCCAGAGGCACUGGGUGAGAGGUGAACCAGUGAUAGUUAGGGAUGCCCAUGAAAAAACUUCUGGGCUUAGUUGGGAACCGUUGGUCAUGUGGAGGGCUCUUAGAGAAGAAUGCAGAAAAAAGUUAAAGGAGGAAAGUCGAACUGUGAAGGCUAUUGAUUGCUUGGAUUGGUGUGAGGUUGAGAUUAGCAUCCCACAAUUCUUUAAAGGCUACUUGGAGGGUCGCAUGCAUAUGAAUGGUUGGCCAGAGAUGUUGAAACUCAAGGACUGGCCUUCAUCGAGUUUAUUUGAAGAGUGUCUGCCAAGGCAUGGUGCUGAAUUCAUUACAGCGCUCCCAUUUUAUGAUUAUACCCAUCCAAAAUAUGGUCUUCUCAAUCUUGCCACAAAGCUUCCUAAGGGUUGCUUGAAGCCUGACCUAGGACCCAAAACAUACAUUGCAUAUGGAUCCUGCAAGGAACUCGGGAGAGGUGAUUCAGUGACGAAACUGCAUUGUGAUAUGUCUGAUGUGGUAAAUGUUCUGACACACACAACUGAGGUGAAACUUGCUUCGUGGCAACGUGAUUGCCUAAGAAAAUUGCAGAAGAAACACAAAGAUGAGGACUUGAGAGAACUUUAUGGGGGUACAAACAAGGUCUUGAGUGAUGCACUAAAAAAAGAGAUAAAUGGACCAGAUGAACAGCUUAAGAUUGCGGAACCUCGACCUAUACAAUGUAGUUACAUAUCUGAGGGUGAUUCUCCAUUGCCAGAAGAGAUAAAAAUAAAUCGAGAGAAAAUGAAAUUUGAGGAAACAGAAUUUGCGUCUUUCAAACAUGGUACCAAAUUUGGAAAGAGUUCACAGAUUCUAGAGUCACUGGAUCUUGAAACAACGAGUCCAGAUGAACAUGCUAAAAGUUCUGUAUGUCUAAAAUCCAGAGAUGUAGUUGAAGAGCCUUUGCUGUUGACAGAAUUUAAGGAUGCAGUGCGAGAGGAACAAGACAACCAACAACUUGCAUCAGAACACCCUGGUUCUCCAAAAUGUAAAUGUAUUGUUGGUGUGGGCACAUCGUUGCUAGAAGAGCUGAAUAUGACUGCACAGGUUCUUGAUGAUCAACAAGAAACAGCCAGUCCAGAUGAACAUGCUAAAAAUUCUGUAUGUCUAAAAUCUGUAGGCAUAUUCGAAGAGCCUUUGCCAUUAUCAGAAUGUAUGCAUGCAGGGAAAGAGGACCAAGAUGAACACCAACUUGGAUCGGAACAUAGUGGUUCUCCAAAAUCUAAACGUACUGUUGGUAUUGCCACACCGUUGCUUGAAAAGAUGAAUAUGGCUCCACUGAUUCACGAGAAUCAACUAGAAACAGCCAGUCCAGAUGAACAUGCUAAAAGUUCUGCGUGUCUAAAAUCUGAAGACAUAGUCGAAGAGCCUUUGCCGCCGACAGAAUUUGUGCAUGCAGGGACAGAGGAACAAGACAAACAACAACUUGCGUCAGAACACCCUGGUUCUCCAAAAUGUGAAUGUACUGUUGGUGUGGGCACAUCAUUGCUGGAAGAGACGAAUAUGACUGCACAGAUUCUUGAUGAGCAACAAGAAUCAGCCAGUCCAAAAGAACAUGCUAAAAAUUCUGUAUGUCUUAAAUCUGAAGACCUAGUCGAGGAGCCUUUGCCAACACCAGAAUGUAUGCAUGCAGGUAAAGAGGAUCAAGAUAAACACCAACUUGCAUUGGAACACCCUGGUUGUUCAAAAUGUAAAUGUAUUGUUGGUAUUGGCACACCGUUGCUAGAAGAGAUGAAUAUGACUACACCGAUUCAUGAUGGUCAACUAGAAACAGCCAGUCCCGAUGAGCAUGCUAAAAGUUCUGUAUGUCUAAAAUUUGAAGACAUAGUUGAAGAGCCUUUGCUGUCAACAGAAUUUAUGCACGCUGGGACACAGGAACAAGACAAACAACAACUCACAUUGGAGCACUCUGGUUCUCCAAAAUGUGAAUGUAUUGUUGGUGUGGGCACAUCGUUGCUGGAAGAGACGAAUACGACUGCACACAUUCUUGAUGAGCAACAAGAAACAGCCAGUCCAGAAGAACAUGCUAAAAAUUCUGUAUGUCUUAAAUCCGAAGACCUAGUCGAGGAGCCUUUGCCAUCACCUGAAUGUAUGCAUGCAGGGAAAGAGGAUCAAGAUAAACACCAACUUGCAUUUGAAUACCCUGGUUGUCCAAAAUGUAAAUGUAUUGUUGGUAUUGGCACACCGUUGCUAGAAGAGAUGAAUAUAACUACACCGAUUCAUGACGGUCAACUAGAAACAGCCAGUCCUGAUGAACAAGCUAAAAGUUCUGUAUAUCUAAAAUUCGAAGACAUAGUUGAAGAGCCUUUGCGGUCAACAAAAUUUAUGCAUGCAGGGACAGAGGAACAAGAAAAACAACAACUUGCGUCGGAGCACCCUGGUUCUCCAAAAUGUGAAUGUAUUGUUGGUGUGGGCACAUCGUUGCUGGAAGAGACGAAUACAACUGCACAGGUUCUUGAUGAUCAACUAGAAACAGCCAGUCCAGAAGAACAUGCUAAACAUUCUGUAUUUCUAAAAUCUGAAGACAUAGUUGAGGAUCCUUUGCCAUCACCAGAAUUGAUGCAUGCAGGGAAUGAGGACCAAGAUAAACUCCAACUUGCAUCGGAACACCCUGGUUGUCCAAAAUGUAAAUGUAUUGUUGGUAUUGGCAGACCGUUGCUAGAAGAGAUGAAUAUGACUACACUGAUUCGCAAUGAUCAUCUAGAAACAGCCAGUUCAGAUGAGCAUGCUAAAAGUUCUGUAUGUCUAAAAUCCGAAGACAUAGUUGAAGAGCCUUUGCUGUCAGCAGAAUUUAUGCACACAGGGACAGAGGAACAAGACACACAACAACUUGUGUCGGAGCACCCUUGUUCUCCAAAAUGUGAAUGUAUUGUUGGUGUGGGCACAUCGUUGCUAGAAGAGACAAAUACGACUGCACAGGUUCUUGAUGAUCAACAAGAAACAACCAAUCCAGACGAACAUGCAAAAAGAGUAUUCCUAAAAUCUGAAGACAUGGUCGAGGAGCCUUUGCCAUCACCAGAAUUUAUGCAUGCAGGGACAAAGGACCAAGAUAAACACCAACUUGCAUUGGAACACCCUGCUUCUCCAAAAUGUAAAUGUAUUGUUGGUAUCGGCACACCGUUGCUAGAAGAGAUGAAUAUGACUACACUGAUUCACAAUGAUCAAUUGCAUGAGAGGAACUCCUCAUUGCUGGAAAAAAUGGAUAUUGAGUUGGAGCAACCUGAUAAACAUCAAAUUGAGGUGAAUGAAAACUCUUUGAUUUGCAAGGAGGUUGUGAGGAAUGAUUCUUUGCCAGAAAGCCAGGAUCUCGAGGUCAAUAUGUUGGAUAGGAACUCCCAGUUGCUGCAGAAAAUGGAUAUUGUGGUGGAGCAACUUGAUAAACAUCAAAUUGAGGUGAAUGAAAGCUAUUUGAUUUGUGAGGUUGCCAGGAAUGAUUAUUUGCCAGAAAGCCGGGAUCGCGAGAUUGGUACGUUAGAUAGAGAGCAUUAUGAGGUGAAACGAGUUGAUUCUAUUGAAUGCUGUAACAUUGUCAACAGGAAGUUGCCAUUGCGAGAAGACCUGGAUCUCAAGGCAGAGAAAUUACAUACACAGAAUCGUAUGGAUGGUGGUGGAGUUGAUGAACGCGUAUGCGUUGUUGAGAGGAGUUCAUCUUUGCCUGAGUUCAUGAAUUGGGAAACGAAAGCACAAGAUGGAGAGAAAUUAGAGAUUAAUGAAUCUAACUUUUCUGGAAACCAUGAUAUUGCUCACAGGAACUCAUCAUCAGAUGAGGUGUAUUCAUGUUCCAAUGCUCCUGCCAUUUUAAAAAGAUAUUGUCCCAGCGGAGUUGACACUAAGUAUGAAGCAACAGCAGAUAGCAGAUCAUGCAAUCCAGAAGAUGUUUCUGCUGCUACUGAAACACCAGAAAAGAACCCUGCCAGUGCGAAGGGUGCUUUGCGAAAUUCUUUUCCAAGGGGGAAAGGAUCUACUGUUACUGGUUCACUGGGGUCAGAUUCAAAGGUUGUUCAUGGAGGUGCUGUUUGGGAUAUUUUUCGGAGGCAGGAUGUGCCAAAAUUAGUUGACUACUUGCAAAAGCAUUGGAAAGAAUUUCGUCAUAACAGCAGUCUUCCUGUCAACUCUGUUAUUCAUCCUCUUCAUGAUCAGACCCUUUUCUUGAAUGAAAGACAUAAGAAGCAGUUAAAAGAGGAGUACGAUGUUGAACCUUGGACAUUUGAGCAAUACCUUGGUGAGGCAGUUUUUAUUCCAGCAGGAUGUCCUCAUCAAGUGAGAAAUAGACAGUCAUGCAUAAAAGUGGCCCUUGACUUUGUGUCUCCCGAGAGUAUUCAUGAAUGCAUUCGUCUAACAGAAGAGGUCCGCCUGCUCCCAGAAAACCAUAGAGCCAAGGAAGAGAAAUUGGAGCUCAAGAAGAUGGCUCUAUAUGCUGUUAGUGCAGCUUUAAGAGAGGCCAAGAGUCUGAUCCAACAACUCAAUAACACUUGCGAUGCCCAACCUUCACUCUAUCCACUCCAUCCAUCGUGAUGCCGCUGCUCUUCCCAAUCGGCUGAUUGAUUGCAGGUGUGUAGAGUCAAAGAAGCUCAAGGGCUGGCAUGGGUGCAAGGCCAUGAAGAGGAGCUCUAUGGAGAAAAGAGUGGAAGAGAGUCCAGGGUGAGGCCGAGGCCCGAGGCUGAGGUGCAUCACACUGAAGGAUGUUCGGAGGAGAAUAAGGUUGGCGACAUUGCGGUAAAGCCUCACACACAGAGAGAGCAGGCUUGAAGUUUGAGCUGUUUAAUCAUAGGCCCCCGAGUUCAUGCCUGUCUAGUAAUUUGGCUGAAAGUCUGAGCUAAUGCUGGUCUGGUCGCAUUCCACGUGUACCCGGUGAGGGACCCAUCUUAAUCAAUGGCAUCAGCGAGCCCCCUGUGUGUGCAUGUAAUGUAGACUUUGUAUUGUUUGUCUAGCUAGGCUCAUAUGUCUAGCUAGGAUGACCGGACCCCAUCACUUCAUUGAUUAAUUCACUUAACUCAAUAUUUAAUAAUAAAAUUAAUAAUAUC